UUCAAAAUUAACAACUUAAUUUUGUUUCCCCUAAAUAAAAUAUGAAGCGAAAGCCUAAAACCCUCCUUCUACCCUGAUCGAAUCGUCGCUUCCAUUUCUGCUCUUUCACAAUCAACAUGAACUCAGUCACAGCGAGACUCCUCAACCGUUUCAGAAUUCCUUCUUCAAAUUUUCCCACAUCUUCAUUUGUGGCAAGUACGCAAACAAGCUCGAAGUUUUGGUUAUCCACCGGUGCUUCUGAAAGUGACGUCGAUAUUGAGAAGAACGAUGGAGGAGACGAUGAUUAUGAUGCAUUUUCUAAUGAAUUACAACCCCAGGGUGUUGAUCCCAGUCGAGGUUGGGGAUAUCGAGGCGUACAUAAGGCAAUAAUUUGUGGAAGGGUUGGGCAAGCCCCUGUGCAGAAGAUCUUGAGAAAUGGGCGGACGAUAACAAUCUUUACUGUUGGAACAGGAGGGAUGUAUGACCAACGAAUUGUUGAUGGAAGAGGUCUGCCGAAGCCUGCUCAGUGGCAUCGUAUUGCUGUGCAUAAUGAACUACUUGGUGCUUAUGCAGUUCAAAAACUUUGUAAAAACGCGUCGGUUUAUGUUGAGGGUGACAUUGAGACCAGAGUCUACAAUGACAGCAUCAAUGGCGAAGUGAAAAAUAUUCCAGAAAUAUGUGUUCGACGUGAUGGUAUUGCAACACAUACUAUUAUCUUUUUAUUUCCUUUUCAAUUUUCUUUGGAACUAGUUGAACACUUAAUUAAUAUGAAGUCGUCAUUUGGUAACUUCUCUGUUUUCUGCAUCUACUUCAUUAUUUCUUAAAUGUCAUUUUGAGCACAUAUUAGAGGGUGUUAUUUGACCUUCAUAAUCAUAAGGUUAAGUUAUCAUAUUAAUUCCUGUCAUUUGUACUUUAGACUUUCCUUUUAUUUAAAAACGAACUCCAUAUUUUUAAUAAAGUUUAGUUUUAUUGUUUAAUAAAGAGAGAGAAAGAGAGAUGAGAUUCCGAUCAUCGUUGUCCUCCCCUCCCCCGGCUCCUCACAGCUUACGAUAUUUCCUCUCCUGAUCAACAAUGAUGAAUUCAAGACAGCUCUCAACGAAAAUUGAGAAUAAAUUCUUUACUUGUGAGCUCAAUAGAAAUAGCAAAGGGAGGGUGAUCCGCAUAUCUGAAACUUGUGGAACAUUUUGAAAUAGCAAAGGGAGGGCCUUUUUGAUUUGGGGUGUCUUUAACUCUCAAGUCCUCUAGCUUAGAUGGUAUGAUUGGAGAGUUUUAUAAAAAAUCGUGGAACAUUUUGAGUAAGGGUGUUCCAACAUUUUUUUAAAAAUGGAAUCAUUAAUAGAAGGUGCAAUGAAACUUAUGAUAGUCUCAUUCCCAAAAAGAAAGAGGAGGUUUGUGUUAGUGACUUCAGACCCAUGAGCCUCAUAACCUCCUUGUAUAAAGUCAUCUCUAAGGUGCUUGCGACGAGACUUAAAAAGGUCCUUCCUUCAAUAAUUAGCGAUACUCAAAUGGCUUUUGUGGAGGGGAGGCAAAUUUUCUUGAUGCAAUUUUAAUAGCUUCGGUGGCCAUAGAUGAAUGGUUUUUAAAAGGCAUAAAAGGUUUUCUUUUGAAGCUUGACCUUGAGAAAGCCUACGACAAGGUGGAUUGGUCCUUUCUCGAUAUGGCUAUGAAGCUUAAAGACUUUGGUAAGAAAUGGAGGAGAUGGAUUUGGGCUGCUUAUCAAUGACUAAUUUCUCGAUCAUUGUCAACGACAGGCCUAAGGGAAAGGUAUUUGCCAAAAGGGGCAUUCGUUAGGAAGAUCCACUUGCCCCUUUUCUUUUUACGAUUGUGGUAGACACCUUUAGUUGUCUUAUUCAUUACUGUAACGAGAAGGACCAUUAAAGGUUUCCAUUUCGAUAAUCUUCCAGGUGAUUUAACCCUCCUUCAGUACGUGGACGAUACCCUUAUCUUUUCCUCAUGGGAGGAUGGAAAUCUGGAGGCUUGGUGGAGGGUGAUUAUUAUCUUUCUCUUGGGAGCUAGUUUGCUCCUACAUGGUGCCAAAACGUCAUUAAUACCUUGACAGUGCCGAUCUGGUUCUUUGGGUUGUAUGGUCGAUACUCUCCCCUUUAAUUACUUGAGUUUCUCUUCUGGAGGGGCCCACAAUAGGAAAGAGGCUUUAAUUUCUCUUGAGGAGCGGUUUAGGUAUAAAAUUGAUAGAUGAAGGAAUGUCUCUCCAAAGGUGGUAGAUUAACUCUUGCGUAGUUAGUAUUGAAUACUCUUCCUUGUUAUCUGAUCUCUCUCGUGCAAGCCUCAGUUGGUGUUAUCAAUCGAAUGGAGAAGAUGAUCAGGGGUUUUGUCUGGACAGGGGACAACUAAAUCGGUUGCCCACCUUGUCAAGUGGGAUACUACCUCUCGCCCGAUUUGUUAUGGCGGCCUUGGGAUUGGUUCUUUUAGGCAAAAGAAUAAUGCUCUUCUCACCAAAUGGCUGUGGAGAUUUAGUAAGGAAGACAAUGCUUUAUGGAGACGUUUAAUUGUGGCCAUCUACGACUUAGAAGAGAAUGGUUGGUCUACUAAAGCUUCGAACAGGGGAAGGUCUUAUAGGUUAUGGGCUGGCAUUCUGAAAUACAAGGAGAUGUUCUUUAAUUUCUCGGCCUUUUUGUUGGGAGAGGGAACAAAAAUCAGAUUUUGGAACUAUAGUUGGUGUGAGGCUCAACCCUUGGCAGAAGAAUUUCCUGAUUUGUUUUCCAUUGCGCUGAACAAGGAUGCUGAUUGAUGGUGUAAUGUUAGUCACUCUUGGAAUUUGGGUCUUUGAAGAAAUGUGUCAGAUAAUGAACUUGACAACGUGGCCACCAUUUUGGAAACUCUUCAUUCGUGGGCCCCAAACGGAUGAUUGUGAUAGCCUUAAAUGGAAUCUUAUUGCGAAGUCUACCUUUCUUAAAUUAACCAAAAGACCCCCCACCAUCACUGCACCACUAGUUCAUUACAUUUGGAAGGUUAAAAUUCUGAAAAAUGUGAAGUUCUUCUAAUGGUCGCUUGCUUAUAGAAGUCUUUAUUGAAAGUAGAGACAAAGAACACACAAAUUUAUAUGGAAACCCUAGUAUAGAGACAAAAACCAUGGUGCUAAAGAUCUUAUUAUUUUCUCAUAAUUCAUAAAGGUACAAAGUGGGGAAAUUUAUAGGCAACACGAGCUUAAUUAAAAGAAUAAAAAAUUAGAGCAAAGUAAAUCUUAACUAUCUAUGGGCUUUCAUCAUGACCUAAGCCUAUUAUUUCUAACGGUCUACCACCCAAGAGAAACUUAAAAAAAAUUACAGUACAUUGAGCUCAGUCCCUCAAUAUGCUGCCUUUGCUUCAAAGAUGAGGAGACCUUGGACUAUUUUUUUUUUGCAUUGUAUCUGUUCUAGGAAAGCUUGGAAUACUCUUUAUUCGGAAAUUUGUUUUUCUUAGUUGGAUGCUUGAAGGGCUCAAUAGCAGAUGAUUUAGUUCGAAGGGUAACAUUUUAUGUAGAUGGGCUAUCCGUUCCCUCUUGUGGUGUAUUUGGAAAGAUAGGAAUAGUGUAAUUUUUUAAGACAACUGUAAUUCUUUUGAUUCUUUUUGGACUGCGUUUCAACCCAUUGCUUCUUGGUGGAGUACGAAUUACAUUAAACACUUUUGUAAUUAUAGUCUUUCUAUGAUUUUCAACAAUUGGAAGUCCCUUAUUCUUCAAUUUUUCUCGGGGAGGGCCCUCUUGUCCCUUGCCCUUAGGCUAUUCUCAUUUGUUCUUUGAAUAUAUUUGUUUCUUAUUCCAAAAAAAAAAAACUUUCUUUUUAUUUUGUUUGAUUUUCCAAAAUGUCUCUAGUAUAACAAAAAGUUGACAGUUACUUUACAUGACACAUUUUUCUUGGACAUUAGCACAUUUUCUUUGAAUGUGAAUCAUGUGACAGAGAAGUGAUGAGUUGUAGUCUAAAGAUGGUAUCAAGUAAGAAAAAAACUACCAGCAUGUGGUAAACUCAUAGGCAUUUUUGAAAUACUGACCCAACGAAUUGUAAAAAAAACUAGCCAUAGAGACAAAAAUAAUAAUUUAUCCUCUAGCCUUAAUACGGUGCAAACAGAAAAUUACUUACAACCAAGCACAGAUAAUACUAUUGUUACAUGUUGGUUCAAAUGUCUUCUGUAAAACAUAUGAUUUGGGACUCCUUUUAACUGCCAUGCUUCAUUUUUGCAGGGAUGCUUCGCCUUUUAAAACCUGGAGAAAGUGCCAGCAAUUUGUCUUUAGACGAUUUGA